AUGGAGGAGGAGUCGUUGCAAUGGCAGGAGCGACGUACAGACCCUUCCCUCAUGGAAAACUCCCAGCACCGAACUGGGCUUAGUUGCGAAAUCACCGGCUUUGAACCUCAUCUCUUGGAUGCAAACCUUUCUUUCUCAGAUUUAUCAUGCUUUGGACCCACUGCUCAAUCUGCAGCGACUGCACAUCCUAUCUCAAGGCAACCAAAUUUGUCUAUAAGCACUGCAUCACGCCUACCCGAAUACGCCGCCAUCCCAUUCAUUCGCACCACUCCGGCUGACUUCUCUGAAUUGCAAUAUGGCGAUAUUACACAAGCUAUUGAGAGCUACGAUGAUAGCCUCAUGAGGAAUGAUUGCCACUCGGAAACGGCGCAUCUCUUUUUGAAUGAGUGCGACUUUCACAAUCGGCAGCAAAAGCCCAGGAACAUGGUUCUGCCACCGACGAAUUUGGACUCAAUCUCAUCCCAAAAAUGCCAUGGGGAUUGGGAUACACAUCGUGCCGAAAUCACACAGAUGUAUAGUGAAGAGCAGAAGACAUUAAAGGAGAUAAUGGAGUUCAUGGAGAAGGAACACAAAUUCAAAGCCUCUGAGAAACAAUACAAGGCAAAACUCAAGGAUUGGAAGAUUACCAAGUAUAUACCUAAUCCAAUGGCCAAGUGGAUGGCAAUGAAAGCCGAGGAGAGGAAACGACUAGGAAAACAUGCAACAACGUUUCAAUUCAAAAAUCAGAUCUUGACCGAGGAUCGUGUCAAGAGGCUCGUCAGAGAUACAAAGACAGACUCGCAUAUUGCCACAAAUUGUUCUACUCCCGAUGAAGUCAAAUACUUUACUCCUGUUACUGCUCCGAAGCAGACGCCGAAAACUUUAUCAAGUCAGGCGCAGCAGACUUCUCUCGAUGGAUUUGAAGAUUUCACUCAAGAAGAUCCCUUUGCAAUGGCGAUUUUCACAGCAUUGGGUGAGAAUGAGACCGGUAGGGAAGACGGAGCUACUGGUCUUAUCUGCGAACGUAAAAUAUACGAAGUGCACUAUAACUCGAGAGGGCAGCAGUUUACCGUUCUUGUCAAGCCGGACGGCUCCUGGAAUAUAGCUAAGUGCCAAGAUCUCGAUCAAGACUCUGCACUUAUCUGGACGAAGUUCUAUACCAGAGAGCACGACAUCGAGAGAAGCGAACUUCUAAUCCAAUCCCCAUUUCUUGUAUCGGCGCUUCAAGAAGUCAUCACGGAGUAUCCGGGAGUCAAUAUCCAGUCCAAGGCGAUCGUCAUCAGAGGUUUGCCGGAGUGCAUUUUCCACUAUCGAACGGAGCUACAGACAUACGGCGCAGGUCUAGUCGAUAUGGCUCCCCGAAAACAUCUGGGUUUACUUUUGCAGCAUUGCUUCAACGCGCUCAAGCUCCAUCUGGAUAGAUUUUACAGCUCAAUGGUCUUCAGCAAUUCACCGGGAUUAAACUUCGAUGACCUUUGGAUGGCCUUUCGACCGGGGGAAUUGCUAUGUCAGGACACCGAUGGAAGGAUGAACGCUUCGCGUCUAGUCACCAUGAGAAGGUCUAAUCUAUCAACGUGGCAUCUUGAGACCCUGAGAAUGAGCUUCGAUGGCACAAAUUUUGGAUACGAGCAAACAUCAUGUGAGGUUCAGCAAUAUGAUGGCUAUAUGGGCCUUGAUCAGCUUCCGAUUUUCCCUUUGAAAUAUCACACAGAUGAAAACAAUUUGAGGUUGAAACUCGAACAAAGAGGGCGUCGCUACGUUAUUUCGUUUGGAGCUGAUUUCAGGCAGUAUGUGGGUAUGGCCAAAUCGAUCACACGACACGGAAUUGAUUCCUCUGGUUCUGGAAAAGUCAAAGCUCCAUGGGGAGAUAUUCAUGUCAAUGGCCGAAUAAUGAUUGACUUUGAAGCCUUUAACAGGAAUAACCCGACCUGUAGGGCAGCCUUUUCACAUGUUAUUGCAUCGGCCAACGAAGCUCAACAUAGACUGUCGUCAGAAGACUAUAUUAUAUGUAACGAUCUUUUACCCGGCUUUGCCUUGGAAAUUAAGCACUGGUGUUUUUUCAAUAUAGACCUAGUUACAGAGGUCAAUUUCAAUACCGCCGCCUUCGAUAACCUUGUACUGGAGUCCUCACAGAAGGAGAUGAUUUCGGCACUGGUGAUGUCCCAUAACCAGUCCCGCAACGAACUCUCUGGGUUUAAGGACAUUAUACGGGGCAAAGGUAAGGGCUUGAUGCUCUUGCUUCAUGGCCAACCAGGUACUGGCAAAACUCUUACUGCUGGCAACAUCUCAGAGCAUGCGCGAAUGCCUCUGUAUAGUAUAACCGCUGGCGAUCUUGGCACGGAUUCAUCCUCAGUGGAAAAGAAUCUCGCAAAAGCUUUCAGCUUAGCUACAAGCUGGAAGACAAUUCUGCUCAUUGAUGAAGCGGACAUCUUCUUGGAGCGACGGUCGACCAAUGAUCUCCAACGCAACGCCCUGGUUUCAAUCUUUCUACGGAUGCUGGAAUAUUAUGAGGGAAUCAUGUUCCUAACUACAAACCGAGCCGGCAACAUUGACCGCGCUUUUUUAUCUCGAAUCAACGUGAUGAUACACUUCAAUCCACCUGAUCAAGACUCUCGAGCCCAGAUCUGGAAGCUCUUCAUAUCCAAGGCACUUGGCGAACAACCACCAUGGCUAGACGAAACGGCGCUCCAAAAGCUCGCCACGAAAAAUUUGAACGGUCGCGAGAUACGAAAUGUCGUUGUAAUAGCUGGGCGGCUUGCGGAAUCGCAUGGCUGUAAAUUGAGCGUGCACGAGAUUGAAAGAGCGUUGGAGGAGCGGAGAAUGAUGGGAAUUCAUCUUAAUGGUCGACAUAAAGGAAACGUUAGGUCGGAGCCGCAUCGUGGUAGGACGGAAGAAACACCGAGGCCUAAAAGGCGCCGUCUGGAGUUCUCAGCAACCGAGGAAGAGUCGGCUGAUGAGUAG